AUGGAGUCUAAUAACCCUAACUCCCUCAUCUUCUCUCUUUCCUCUUUGAACUCUUAUCCAACCACAAUAGAUAAGGAAAAUGGUGGCCAGCCGAAGUUUGAGGAUUUCCUCGGUGGCUCGGAUCAUAGUAGCUUCGGCGGCGGCGGCCGGUUUUCUGAGGAGGUUCAAGCAGCGGCAGUGGCGGCUGAGCCGCCGGUGAAGAAGAGUGCGGAGAAUUCCGUUUACUUGGGUGGAUAUGAUAAAGAAGAGAAAGCAGCUCGAGCUUAUGAUCUUGCAGCCCUCAAGUACUGGGGUCCGACCACCACCACCAAUUUUCCGGUAACAGAUUAUAAGAGGGAAUUGGAAGAAAUGAAACACAUGUCCAGGCAGGAAUUUGUUGCUGCACUCAGAAGAAAAAGCAGUGGGUUUUCUAGGGGCGCUUCCAUUUACAGAGGAGUCACAAGGCACCACCAGCAUGGGCGGUGGCAAGCAAGAAUUGGAAGGGUCUCCGGCAAUAGAGAUCUUUAUCUUGGCACAUUUAGCACUCAAGAAGAAGCAGCCGAGGCGUACGACAUAGCCGCCAUUAAAUUCCGGGGCCUAAACGCCGUCACCAAUUUCGACAUGAGCCGAUAUGAUGUGAUAAGCAUUGCCACUAACAAUCUCCCGAUCGGGGGCACUACGGUAAAUAAACCUAAAAUCUCGCCCGGGCCAACAUCAAACUAUAGGAGCGUGGAUGGGUCCCUUUCCACAGUCGAUGCCAACAAACUUGACCUACACUCUGCUUCCUCCCCAUCUUUUCCCUUCACGUCGCAAAAUCCACCCCCGGCACUGAGUUUUGCAAUUCCCGUUGUGGAACAAGUUCAUCAACCGUCGUCGAGCCUAUGGGCCGCCCUAGGCUUCCCAAACCCUAGUCCCGACCUACUCGCCCCUUUCCAAGGGUCCAACACAAGUGGUACAUCCGUUCAAGGUACAACACCGUACGGCUUGGAAUUUGGGCCCAACUUGUCCAUCGAUAGUGAAAACGAUAAUAGUAACGAUGGGUUUUUCAAUGGGUGUGGCUACAACUAUCACGAGCAACACAUUGGUGGUACAUCAUCGUCGAGUCUUGAGGAAGGUACAACUCACGAUACAGUGGUUUCUGGCGAUGUUAAUUGGGUGACAUCGACACCACCACAGCUGGCGACACAGUCGUUGCAAGCUGGACAACCGAGCCUAUCGGCUUUCCAGAGGCCGAUUUUCGGCAUGGAGUGA